AUGUCUACGCUGCCACUCAAGGCCAUCUCUCGGCUCUGGGGACGGAUCAAUCAGUUGACGAUUCCCUAUUACCUCCGCGUUCCUGGGUUCAAGCUGUACUCGUACAUUUUCGGCGUCAACCUCGCCGAAGUGGCCGAGGACGACCUACGGGCAUACCCCAACCUAGCGGCCUUCUUCUACCGACAGCUCAAGCCCGGAUCGCGACCUCUCCACCCGGACAAGCAGGUGCUCCUGUGCCCGUCGGACGGACGGGUCAUCCAAUUUGGCCAGAUUGAGGGCGGCGACAUCGAACAGGUCAAGGGCAUGACGUACAGCAUCGACGCCCUCCUGGGAAGCAACACACCAUCCAUCCACCCGUCCUCCCCGUCCAGCGACGACGGAAACGGCAGCGGCCACGGCAAGACGGUGACGGUGACGACGCGCGAAGCCUCCAGCCAAGAGGACAUCGUGCUGCGCGACGAGGAGUUCGCCAGGGUCAACGGCAUCCCGUACACGCUGCCGGAGCUCCUCAGCGGGUCGGGCCAGAGCAAGGCCGUGGCCGACGUGUCGACCGUGCAGAGCGAGACGGCCGAAGCCGUGGUCGGGGCGGAUCUCGCGCGCAGCGAGCAGCAGCAGCAGCAGCAGCAGCAGCAGCACAAGCCGUGGCACGACGUCAUCUCGGGGCGGUCGACGUCGCUGUACUACGCAGUCGUGUACCUGGCGCCGGGAGACUACCACCGGUUCCACUCACCGACGAACUGGGUCGUCGAGCGGCGGCGCCACUUUGCGGGCGAGCUGUACAGCGUGUCGCCGUACCUGCAGCGCACGCUGCCCGGGCUGUUCACGCUGAACGAGCGCGUCGUCCUCCUGGGCCGCUGGCGCUGGGGCUUCUUCUCGUACAUACCGGUGGGCGCGACCAACGUCGGGUCCAUCGUCGUCAACUUCGACCGGGAGCUGCGCACCAACAGCCUCACCACGGACACGGCGGCCGACAGGGCGGCCGAGGAGGCCUCGCGCGCCGGCCGGCCCUACCUCGGGUUCGCCGAGGCAUCGUUCCGGGGCGCCAGCCGCGUGCUGGGCGGCCACGCGCUCCGCAGGGGCGACGAGAUGGGCGGGUUCCAGCUCGGGAGCACCGUCGUGCUCGUCUUCGAGGCUCCGGCCGAGGCGAAGGGCGCCGACGGGGAGACGAAGGGCUGGGAGUGGGCCGUCAACAAGGGGCAGACUGUCAAGAUGGGGCAGGCCCUAGGUAGGGUGAUUGAGUGA